GUUAGUUUACGCGUGUGAAUUUGUGUCGAUCUAAAUGUGGACAUGAUGCAAAUUAUGGAAUUUUUUACUAGUUUUGCGUCUCUGUGUUUUAUUUUUAUCUUUUAUGGAGCAAACACAACCAAUGGAGUCCGCCAUACGCGCAACCUGAUCUGGGCUCAAACCCCGAAUCUGAAGAUCGGCGUGUCUCGGAUUGUGGGUAUCGAGGGCGACCCGACCGUAUGGGUUCCCAGCGGCAAUGUGCAGGUCAGACAUAUCAGCGCGCCUCAUCAUGGUUGGCAAUUCAAAGCCUUGGCUUACAACUGGGCUGACCAAACCUUGUACUGGAGUGAGGCAACGAACAGAAAAAUUCAGGGUCUUAAACUGAACGGCACCACCGAGACGGAGACCCUAUUCACGGGAACGUCCAGCAUGGUGGAGGGGCUGGCGGUCGACUGGAUCUCCAACAACAUCUACUGGGCGGACUCGCUCUACGACUGGAUCAUGAUCGGAUCCAUGUACACCAACCCCGGCUACAAGAUCGUGGUCAGGGACGGGCUAACCGGCCCCAGCGGCGUCGCCGUCCAUCCGGAGAAAGGCUAUCUUUUUUGGACCGACACCGGAGCUUUCUCGAAAAUCGAAGUUUCGGAUUUGUUCGGACAAAACCGUCACGUGAUAGUCGAUACGGACAUUCAGCAUCCGCGCGGCAUAACCAUCGACUUCUCAGACGACACCCUAUACUGGGUGGACAGCAAGAAGGACACGGUCGAGUGCGCAGGCUUCAACGGAAAUAACCGAAGAGUUGUCGCCCAUCAGGCGGGAACCAUCUUCUUUGGAAUAGCCGUAUACGACAAAUAUGUGUUUGUGACCGAGCAGAUGCAGGGCCAUCUGCGCGUGUACGACAAGUUGUCCGGAAACAACGAGAUAAACUACCAACUUGGCUACGUUCCCGAUGGCAUCGUUAUGUAUGACGAGACCCGACAGCCUGGAAACACCUCGGCGUGUGACGCUAAAGGGUGUGCCCAGAUCUGCAUUAACGAUCCCCUGGCCGGGCCAGUGUGCAGGUGCGGUGAGAAACACCGGCUAGCGGAGGACGGAGUGUCUUGUUUAGUUGAGCCUGGUUUCACUAUUCCAAGUCACAUGUACGGGAUAGGGGACGCCAUAUGUCAGUAUCCGGUCAAUCUGCCGGACAUGUCGCUGACCAACGUGUCUCUGGAGUCGCAGUGCUUUCAGCGUGGGAGACGAGGACAUUACGGUCUAGCGUUCAAUGCACGAACGCACGAGCUUUUCUACACAGAAAACAUUACCGGAAGUAUCGGCCGAAUCAACAUCGACAACGAUUUGGGAGAUACCAUCAUUAAAGGAGUUGGUGAUGUGCAGGCAAUGGUACUAGACUGGGAAACUGGGAACCUGUUCUGGACGGAUCGAACCUACAACCACAUCUCGAUGGCCAGAAGCGAUGGCAUGUACCCCACUGUCGUCAUUUCCGGCCUGGAUCUGCCAAUUGGAAUCGCCGUACACCCCGAACGAGGAUUGUUGUUUUGGACGGAACAAAAUGCUACGAAGGGCAUAUUUGUCGCCAGUAUGGACGGGUCCAAUAAGCGUGUGUUGGUGGACCAGGACGAAGUGGGCACGCCCAAUCACCUUUAUUUGGACUAUUCCGCUGAUAGAUUAUAUUGGGCGGACUCCGGUUUGUAUUCCGUGAAGUACGUGGAGCUCAAUAACUCGCAGGUCUUCACCAUCUACGACAGCGUCGAGACGAUGGCAACCUUCAACGGAAUAAGCUUUUAUAAGGACUAUUUGAUAUGGACGGACAAAGACGACGUGAAGAACGGAAUCCACGCCGCCCGGCUAGACAAGCAGGAGAAGGUGCGCGGAAUCCUGCAUCCGGGUUCCGGGCUCGCUUCACAACUGAUCACGUUCGACAUCAACAACCAACCAGAAAUGACAAGCGCAUGCGCUGACAACGGCUUCUGUGAGCACAUAUGCAUACCGACCUCAAACGAGACGUACAUUUGCGCGUGUGGAGUGGGUUAUACAUUGGAUGACAACUUACGAACAUGCUCAUCGUAUGUCAAGUUCGACAACUACGUCGUAGCAGUUGAUUCUUACCAGAAACAGAUCUAUCAACUCGACCUGACUUCCGGUGACGUCAGCGCUAUCCCGUUGUCGCAGUCGUACAAGGGAGUUGCCCUUGAUAUCCACAAGGUGACCGGACGUCUCUAUUGGACCGACAACUCGAUGGGCGUCAUUGUGACGUCAAAUAUUGACGGAAGCGACGAAACAAUAUUUCGCAAACUUCCAAACGAUUCCAUUUCGGAUGGACUAGCCGUUGAUCACGUAAACCAGCUGUUGUUUUACACAUGCACACAUUAUGACGUCAUCAUGGUGGCGUCACUCUCAAAUCCCGCCAUCUAUCGGACAAUUGUGAACGAGAGUUUGGACGAGCCGCGAGACAUCAUUGUGAACUCCGAGACUGGUCGGAUCUACUGGACGGACUGGGGUCUAGAGCCUAAGAUCGAGACCGCGACCAUGGACGGCGGCAACAGGAGCGUCGUACACCGCCCUGACAACGGUUCUUGGCCAAACGCUCUCGCUUUAGACACAAACACCAUGAUGCUUUAUUGGAUCGAUGCGAAAACCGAAAUAAUUGGGCGCAUCGACCUUGUGACCCUGAAGAACAGGGCCAUCUACUCGGAGCCUCGGGCGCAUUUCUUCGGACUCGCUUUGCUGGACGGGUACCUGUAUGUAACAGACUGGUUCAGAAAGUACGUUACACGUAUAAAUAUAAACGGUGGGAACACGUUAGAACAGAUCGGUCCAAGCAAGUUUGCAAGAUUGAACGGGGUAGCGGGCUUUAAAAAGAGCACAGUUAAAACAGUGUUCAGUAAAUGUUUACAAAUCGACUGCAGUAACCUGUGUUUACCAGUUUCCGACUCUGACUACAAGUGCGCAUGCUCAGAUGAAGGGAAGAACGGCAUCAUACCGUGCGCGGAAUUGAACGUGAUUGAUAAUAUACUUGUUAACCCGGCGAGGAGCCAUAUGACAAACGAACGAGACGGCUCUCCCGCUCUCACUAUAGGCUUAUCAGUUCUGGGUGUGGUCGCCGUCAUUGUUAUUGUUGUCGCCGGCGUGUAUAUCUACAACAAACGGUUCCGCGCGGACAACAUCUCCCACGACCGGCUGGUGGAAGACACGAAUCGCGUGGACACUUUCUACAGGAUCACGUUUCCGGAUAGAGGCAAUAGGGAGGAGGCGAACUUUGAUUCCGGCAUUGAAAACCCGUCGUUUGACUGCAGCAUCGAGGACGUGAGGGGCGGGGCCAACCUUGUCAGAUAUUCGCCUAUGUAAUGAUCUGUAGAAUCUCGUUCUGAGAAAACUGGGCUUCAUGCAUAUUCGUAAUGUUUCGUCCCAGUUAAGCAUGUGCAGUCCGCACAAGCUUAUCAGAGACGACACUUUCCGCUUUUAUGGAUUCGUUUAUUUAAAUGUAGUUUCUGCAAAAACGAAAAUCCAGUCGAAGCGGAAACCGUCGCCCCUGAUUAGCCUGUAUUAGAUUAGAUUGCACAAGCUUAUCUGGGACGACUUUUUACGCGCAUGAAUUUAGUACAGCUUAUGUUUGCGGCGUGACUUCUCUUGUCCGAUACCCUCCAAUCAAAGCAUGCGCAGCAUCUAGGACCUUGUCGCUUAUUGGUCUAUGUUAUGGUAACAAGGACGUGAAGAAAAAUCUGACGAGCGAGAUUAUUUCGUAAAGUCUUUCUUUGUGCAAUAGGUUUAUUUAAUCCCCUCCAAAAAGUAUUCCAGUUGAGCUUCAUCUUUCAAUAUUUUAAUUGUGUUGUAAACUUUGUUGAAGUUCGAUUUCAUCAAAAAACCAAAGUCUUACAUCCGCACUUUCAAGUCUGUAUCUUGUGAAGAAACCUUGCGUGGUGUAUUUUGGUCGACCUCUGACCGAAUUCUGUACCUUCUGGUGACAUGUCAGCCACAUUACAACCCAGUUUAACCCAUAACGAUCAUUUAUUUAUUUUUCUAUUUUCAUAUUUGUACAUUGAAAUACAAUGAUACUUUCCGUGACAGAUAACAACUUUGUUUUUUAAUGUAAAGUGUCCAUUUCGAUAACAAUAUCGUGAUAACAAGAAAACAGUGACCCAUGUUACGGUGAUGAACAUUUCACCAAGUCAAUAAACUUAAACUUCAGCAACACGAUUAUUGGCUAACAUGUAUUCUCAAGCGUUUGUCUUUAAUAUAUUAAUACACUGUCGAGGCAUUCCGUGUGGAGUCCGGUAUUAUAAAGCCGUUAACUCGAAAUUUAUUAUUUCUUUAUUGAAUACAAACAUUUAUUAUCAAGUGCUUUUCAUAAUUAUUAGUAUUGUACAUAUACAUAUUUUGUCGUAUAUUUUGUAUAGUUUUGUACAAUUAUUCAAUGUCAAAUUUAUGCAAAGUCAUUUACUCACUACAUACUUUUAUGUAUAUUUCAUUUUUGCGAAUAGUCAAGCAAACACUUGUAAGUUAAUUGAAGCACGCUCUGGGAAAACGGGUCUUAAUGCACAUGCUGAUUUAGGCCGACACUUUUCGCACAUGAAUUAAGCACCGUUUUGCCAGAGCGCGACUCAAUUAUAGAUAGCUCCCUUAAAAUAUACACACUGUGUAAAAUAUUUUUUUAAGCAAAUAAGCAAUAGAACAGCUAGUUUAAGAGCUGAAUAUUUACCCAUUGUAUGUAUUGUAUUUAUAGCAUGUGUAUACCUUCCUUCUUAUUGUGGUGUAAAUAAAUAAAUAAAAUAAAACAACUUGA